AUGGCAGGAGUCACGUAUCACUACACCCACGAGAUCACCGUAGUCACUCACUACACCCACGAGAUCACCGUAGUCACUCACUCACUACACCCACGAGAUCACCGUAGUCACUCACUACACCCGAGAUCACCGAGACUCACUCACCGUAGUCACUCACUACACCCACGAGAUCACGAGAUCACCGUAGUAGUCACUCACUACACCCACGAGAUCACCGUAGUCACUCACUACAACCAGGAGAUCACCGUAGUCACUCACUACACCCACGAGAUCACCGUAGUCACCCACUACACCCACGAGAUCACCGUAGUCACUCACUACACCCAAGAGAUCACCGUAGUCACUCACUACACCCACGAGAUCACCGUAGUCACUCACUACACCCACGAGAUCACCGUAGUCACUCACUACACCCACGAGAUCACCGUAGUCACUCACUACACCCACGAGAUCACCGUAGUCACUCACUACACCCACGAGAUCACCGUAGUCACUCACUACACCCAAGAGAUCACUAUAGUCACUCACUACACCCACGAGAUCACCGUAGUCACUCACUACACCCACGAGAUCACCGUAGUCACUCACUACACCCACGAGAUCACCGUAGUCACUCACUACACCCACGAGAUCACCGUAGUCACUCACUACACCCAAGAGAUCACCGUAGUCACUCACUACACCCACGAGAUCACCGUAGUCACUCACUACACCCACGAGAUCACAGUAGUCACUCACUACACCCACGAGAUCACCGUAGUCACUCACUACACCCACGAGAUCACUGUAGUCACUCACUACACCCACGAGAUCACCGUAGUCACUCACUACACCCAAGAGAUCACUAUAGUCACUCACUACACCCAAAAAAGCUUCCCCAUACCUUACCUUUCAAGUUACUCCCCCAAUACCAUUACCCACAAUAUGUUAGCAUUCCAAAACUAA